UUGGCCCAAGCCAAUUUUGAAAGACCACGGCCUGCUGUGCAAAGCACAUGUCAAGCUGGCGGGGAUAGGGGGACAGCAAUGGCCACUCCAUCAAGACCCGAGCAACGUUUUACUUCCCGUGAAAGCUUCCAAAGGCAGAACUAAAGGCAGAAAUAGAUCAUUGCAAGGCAAGACACUGUAAGAUACUGUAAGUAUUUCAGUGUCGAGGACUUUUCCAUGGUGCCUUGUUUGGAGUUUUGGAUUGGAUGUCUUCUCAGACUAAAUGGUUCAUUCCACUUCCUCAUCCAAGGAGGAGAGCUUCAAAGCAGGUGAAGAUGUCUUUGUCUUCUAUAGAAUGACAAAACGCUGCCGACCCGAUCGAAAGUACCUGGCAGUGCUUGAUCCCAAGCAUGGCGCGUAUCGACCCCGUCAUGGGGUUUCCGAUGGCUGGAUGCCAGCCCGAGUGGUGGCAGACCAAGAUCCCAAGCAGCGUUCUGGAGAUGUGAAGGUGGAGUAUACGUGGCCGUAUUUCUUCACAGAAAGAGGUCACAUGGCUGAUGCCUCCAGCGGAUGGACCGAAUGGUUUCCAUCCAAAUACGUACGGAGAGAUCCUGUGGCAAAGAAGCACCUGAUUUCCACCAAUCCGACGUUAGCCAUCCUCACCUUCCGCUGGGGCGGUCUCAACGAAAUCGUGGCGCCGGCUCAAUGGGGCGAGACAGGCAGCUCAGUCUCUGACAUAUUUAUCGAUUCCUACUGCGAUCACUUCCAGCACCACUUGUCCGCAGACUAUGAGGUCUGGACAGUUUACAUUGAAGACAAGUCUGACAUGGACAAGAUAGCCGAUUCGGUGCACAUGCUAUUUAGCAGCCAGCAUCCACUACGGCGUGCCAGAAAGGUUUGCGCAAUGUAUCACCUUUAUCCAACUGGCUUUGAAGAACACUGUGUUCCAACCAGCGAGACUGGUGGAGAUGGAGGAGCAGCCUUAGUAGAUCAAAAGGCUUUCUUCCGAAUGAUGCAAGCGGUGGAGAGGGCCGGUAUUCCGAGCCGCUUCCCACAUGAUUCUGGAUUUUACGAGCUGCUGGCAUCAAAGAGGUGGACGUACUACAUGGCACUUGUGCCACAUCUCCAACUCCCUGCUACCAUCGCACUUCCUCGUAUGCUCAUCGAGCAGAAUGGAGGCGACUGCAAGCAGGCUGCCUUUUGGGCGUAUGAUGCGCUCAAAAACGUCCGUGAACAGCAGCAUGCGUUGCGGGGCGAGAACAUCAAAGGCGAAGGCAUCCCGCGAGGAGUCGCCAAGCUAGGCUUCUCCUGGGAGGCUUUGGACGUGAAAUUCUGGGAAGGCCAGCGCGGCCUGGAGACAGCUUUGUCGCAACUUACACAAGCCAUCGAGAUCAGUGAUGAAUUGACCGGACAGCCACACGACUUGGAAGCCUUGAUCGUGCAAGAGUUCGUUGAUCAUGACCUGGAAUUGCGCCUCUAUGUUGUCAAUGGAGAGGUCGAGACCACAAUUUUCACGAAGUUUUGCAAGAUCAAGCCAAACAACGAGUUCGGUGACUUCAAGGAAGCCUUCACAUCCGCUGAAGCUGCUCAAUGGAUUGGAGGAGAUCUAGCAACCCUGCAAGAUGGGGAACGACAGUGCAGGGAGAUCACGGCGCACUGGAUGAAUUGGGUCCGGAUGCAAACUUGCCAAACUCCACCAGGCAUUCGUUUCGACUACUUUGUGGGCAGAACGAAUGAGCCUGGCAAAGCCAUUGUCCGAACACUGGAGAUUUGCGAAUUGGGCUUCAGCAUGCUGGGCAAGAAGGGCCUGCCAAAAAAGGUCUUUUCUGCAAUGCUGGCAGCAUGUCUCGAAGAUGACAUCAGUCCAGACAUCGAGGAUUUGCCAGAAGCUGCUGGUGCCGUGGAAGAAAGUGCGGAAAGCGAGGCGCCAGAAGAUGCGCUUGAAGAGAAUGGCUCCUCCUUGCCAUCAGUCUUGUACAUUACUGUGCCCCGAGUGCCUCAUGGAACACAAGACCAAGCAAAGUGUACAGGCAGGUAUGAGCAGGUGCGAGGCACAUUCCCCAAUGGGCAAGCUUUGUGGAUCCAUGAUCGGGGUGAUCGUUUCCUAUAUGCCGGCUCUGAUGGAUAUUGGUAUGUCGGAGACGAAGAAGAGCAAGAUGCCAACUUUUUUUGUGAAUCGGGAUACAUCAGGCUGGGCUGGAGGUGUCUCUCCGGACCAAUUGAGAGGUCCUUGGGAAAGGGGACCUGAUUGGACCCCUGAGAUCAGCAUCCUGGUGACCACGGAUCCAGAGGCGAAGCCCCCGAGACCUGGCAAGGGCUACAGCAAAGCCAAGUAGAGCUGAAGGAGAUCCUCAAAAGUAAAAGACACAAGAAAGAAAGAAGGUAAAGAAGGAAAGAAAAGAACAAUUCAAAGUCGCGGAUCGAUUAGCUGAGAUAGCAGUGCUGCGAAGGCCAACAGCUGGCCCUUGAAGAGCAAGCAAAUCCCUGCUCGGCAUGUUAGCGCCAGUUGCACGGUAGAGUGAAUCGAAGCGUGGCAAAAAGGGAGGGCACCGGGCGUCGCGGCGUCAUACAGCGCUUGUCAAUGUUUCAAGCUAGCAUUUGUAAGCGUUGCAAGUGCUCUUCUCCACCUCUCCACUCUUCAUCUAGGAAGCAAAUUGAGAAUCUCAAGAAUGGAAGCUUGUCACAAAGUGCAGCUGGACACAG